CUCCCUUAGUUACCGUCGCGUCAUAGUAAACAUUGCUGAUUUUUUCAGAUCGAUGCAUCAAUAAAAAAAAAAUAAAUAAACAUAAAAAAGACAUUGUUUCUAUAUCGGUUGGAUUAAAUUACCUGUAAUCUGAUAUAGCAAUGUACGGUUCGUACAGAAGCAGCUAUUAUCCUAGCUAUAGGUAUAGUUACCCGAGCUAUGGAUACGGGUCAUCGUAUUACGACCGGAUCUACGGAAAUUACAGCUAUGGAAAUUACGACUCUGGAGGUAGCGACUACGGGAGUAGCAACUACGGGAGUUACGAUCCAUACCCAUACUAUAGCAAUUAUUACUAUGGCUACGGUAGGAGGAGACGGAAUUACUGGGAAAGAGAUAGAGAUACUUACAAUAGCUGGAGAAGAAAUGAAAAUACAGCAAGAACCAGAACCCCUUCACCCGAAACACCCCCUCCGCCACCUCAACCAGAAGUUCCAGAAGAAGAACUGGUGAAGGAACUACACGUGAAAGAUAUUGACCUUCACAUUAAAGCAAACACAGAGAAACACAGAACGGCCGAUUACGACUGUACGAAGGACAGAAAAGUUGACGGGAAGUUAGAACCGGCGGAAUUAGUUGUACGUCGGGGAGACACAAUAAAAAUGACAAUCACUUUUGACAAAAGUCCAUACAGCAAAGAGAAGAACGACUUGCAGUUAAUCUUCUCGAUCGGAAAAGAUCCUAAACCAGCUCGAGGUACUAAAGUUGAGUUUAAAAUUGACGAGUCUGGAAAUCAAAAGUUUAAGCCUGAUAAAUGGGGUGCAACUUUACAAGACAAGACCGGAAAUGACAUCACGAUUCUGGUAUAUAUUCCUGCCAACUGCAUCAUAGGCGAAUGGAAUUUUUAUGUGAAGACAAUUAGUGAAGGAAAGGACAAGGAUGGGAAAGAUAAAACACUCUCCGGGACGUACAAGCCUAAAGAUGACAUCACCAUACUCUUUAACCCUUGGUGUAAAGAGGACGGUGUAUAUAUGGCUACGGAAAAUUUGCUUAAUGAAUACAUCUGUAAUGAGAACGGAGCUGUGUGGAGAGGAAACCAUGAACAAAGAGGGGCGAGUGCAUGGAAUUAUGGACAGUUUGAAGAGGGUAUCCUCGAAAUUUGUUUGCACCUUGUUAGAAGUGGAUUUGGGCCGGACAAGUUAAGGCAUAUGUCAAAUCCGGUCCAAGUCAGCAGGAUGAUUGUAAAAAUGGUGAAUGCAUCAGAUGACAAUGGAGUUAUAAUGGGCAACUGGAGUGGCGAAUACGAGGGUGGUACACCGCCUUGGAAGUGGGCUGGAAGUAUCAAAAUUUUGAAACAGUGGCAGAAGAGUGGCCCCGUAAAGUUCGGACAGUGUUGGGUGUUUGCUUGUGUAACAACGACAGUUUGCAGAGCACUUGGCAUUCCAUGUCGAACAGUAACAAAUUUCGCCUCUGCACACGACACUGAUGAGACCAACAGCAUUGAGAAAUAUUUUUCACCAGAUGAUGAAGAACUUGAGGAAUACAAUGCAGACUCUAUUUGGAACUUCCAUGUGUGGAAUGAGGCAUGGAUGGCCAGACCUGACCUAGAACCUUACUACCCGUACGGCUGGCAAGUUAUUGAUGCAACACCGCAGGAAAGAAGCGAAGGUGUUUACAUGUGUGGUCCGUGUCCAGUGGCGGCUAUAAGGAAAGGUGACUGUUCAACAAAGUAUGACGCAGGAUUUAUCUUCUCGGAAGUAAAUGCAGAUAAAGUUCACUGGCGUGUAUUUCCUGGUGAUCGUGCAGAACUAAUUGAAAUUCUUAAAGACAAAAUUGGAAAAUUCAUCAGUACAAAAACUCCAACUGGCCUACAAUUCAAGUAUAAAAAACACAUGUCUAUGGCAGAAAAGGACGAUUAUGCGAUGGAAAGGUGUCUAGAUCUAACCAUGGAUUACAAGCCAAAAGAAGGUACGGAAGCUGAAAGAGAAUCCGUAAUGAAUGCACACAGAACAGCCCGGUUCCCUAUAAUCGAAACAUAUCUAGGGGAAGAAGAAAUAGUCAAGCAUGUGGAAUUCCAUCUGUACCACGACAAUAAGGCUAUGAUUGGAAGUAAGAUGGAGAUAGAGUUCACAGCCAAAAACACAGGGAGAAAUGAGAGAAAGAUAUCUUAUGCAUCGAUAAGGGUUUAUGCACAAAGCUACACUGGUUAUAAUGGACGUAUGCUGCUUAGCAGAACUUUUAACGGAGCUACUUUGAAACCGGGAGAAGAGAAACGUUUUGGAGCAGUUUUGGAACCAGAUGAUUAUUUGUAUUAUCUCCUUGAACAAGCUAGCGUUCGUAUUGAUGCCAAAGCGAAUGUUGAUAGAGCUGGUGAUGAGGAAAAACAAAGAGCGAGAAAGGAACACGUGGUCAGAUUCCGACGACCGGACCUAGAAGUAGAGGGCCCGGAAGAAACGAAGGUAGGAGAUACAGUUAGGUUCAAGGUCACUGUCAUUAAUCCACUAGAUCGCCCACUGACAAAUUGCAGUUUCUCAAUGGAAAGUGUUGGGUUUGAGGAUUUGUCAGAAGAUGUACCAACUAUGGACGUCCCGGCUAGAGGUGUUCAUACAGAAGAAUUUAUGCUGAGGGCCGUGAAACGGAAGAAAUACGGAGCUGUGUAUUUUAGCUUCGAUUGCAAAGAAAUUCCGGACAUUUCUGGGUCGACAGAAAUAAGAAUUAAUCCAUAACGUAAAAUUUGGAUGGAACAUGAACAAAAAAUGCGAAGACUGUGAUAAUCUAUUUUACGCUGUAGUGUGUCGGACAGAUAUUUCUUUAAAUGAAAACAAUAACAUUCAUUCUGAUUUUAAAUAACAAACAAUAGCAUGUGGUGUAACUUGGUUAGAUAUGUAGUUUCUCACAAUAUGAUAUAGUAUUUGACUGACAUAUAUUCUUUAAACCAAGACAUUAAAGUUACUUUAGUCCGCUUUACUUAUACUUAUUGUGUGUUGUAAAAAAAAUGUUGAGAUAUAACUAAAAUCAUGUUAUUUUCUCAAACUGACCUGAUGUUUUUUUUUCAAACCAAGUUGUUCAGUGAUACAUCUCUGACUUACGAGAUAUUUAUACAGUCACACCUGAAUAUAAAGACAACGCAAUUAAGGUCGAGAAUUUGUCUUUAUUUACAGGAUUCAUUUCAAAAUAUUUUGCUUUUACAAUGUAUUUAUACUCAUUUAAACAAUUCUAGAGAUUUUUUGCAAAGUAUAUUGUUGAUUUUACACCGUUUCGGCAGACUUUUCUUAGGUGCCAUAUUUAAAAUAAAUUUAACCUUUUUGCCUAUUUCUGAAAUAAAAGAUUCUUAGAAAA